AUGGACGCCACUGCGAACGAUGUAGCCGUGGGGAACGAGGGGGAGUGGAGGGAUGAACUGAAGAAUGCGCGGAAGGCUUUGGCGGAGGCAAGACGGCGGGAGGAGGAGCUGGAAGGGGCGGUUCGGGAGGGCGAGAGGGCGAUGGGGGAGCUAGAGGAGUGGGUUGCGCGCAAGGUAGACGCCAUGUCAUCGCUGGCUGCCGUUCUCCGAGAGGAAUGGCUCACGAGAGCGGAGCUGUUUGGGGCCGAGGGGGAGCGCAAGCGCGCGCGCAUGGCGGAUGGCUCGCCCGCGCAUGCGAUGAUGAUGAUAGAGCUCACCCUUUCAUAUCUUCCCUGCAUCUUCCCUUCCCUUCCUCCCUUUCUUCCCUCCUCACCUCCCUCCUCGUCUCACUCCCUUUGUCUUCCAACCUUCCUCCAUACUCGCUCCUUCCCUCCCUACCCUCUCCCUCCUCUCCUCCCUCCUCCUCUCCCUCCGUCGCUCUACCCUCCUCCGUCUCUCCCUCCUCUCCUCCCUCUCCCUCUCCUUCCCUCUCGAGCCAAGGACGGAGCUAUCCUGCUCACACCUCGCUCUCAUUUCCCCUACACCCUCUCCUCACCCACGUGGCAGCAUCUGACGGCUCUGUCUGGCCAUGCGGAGGCCAUCCGCUCAAUGGUGCAGGCAGUGAGGAGGCUGGCGUUCGGGGUUGAGGGUAGGAAGGCUCAUGCGGAUAGAAUGAGGGAGCAGAAAGAGGAGGGGGGGGAGAAGCAGUGGGAACAGGAAAACGAAGAGGGGGAGGAGGAGGUACAGAAGGCGGGGACGAGGGACGAGGUGGAGGAAACAACGAAGAGAAUGGACGAGGCGAUGGGAGGCGGGCUUGAGGUUUCUGAGAAUGAAAGGCAAGAGUUUGAGGAAGAAUUCGGGUUCAAUCAAGAGGAAGGAGCAAGGGAAGAGGCGGAGGACGGGCAAGCAAACGAAGUGGAGGGAAAGGAGGGGAUGGGCACAGGGACAGAGCAAGGGGCAGAGAAAGGGGCAGAACAAGGGGCAGAGCAAGGGGCAGAGCAAGGAGCAGAGCAAGGGGCAGAGCAAGGGGCAGAGCAAGGGGCAGAGCAAGGGGCAGAGCAAGGGGCAGAGCAAGGGGCAGAGCAAGGGGCAGGACAAGGGGUAGGGGAGGGGCGAGCAGGCGAUGUGGACAGAGCGUCAGUUUGGCAAGCGGAUGCAGGGGAGGAAGAUGUGCAAGAGGAGGUGUUUGAUAAUCUCUCCAUGGUGCAGCCACUCAUCUCCGGCGCUUACAGUAAUGGGAGCAUAGUGGGGGCGAGAGCGAAUUCAGGAGGAGCGGUUACCACGAAUGUGGAGGACAGGAACGCACACAGGUGGGGAGGGGGAGGCUGGGUGGGAAGAGCAGGAGAAACGCUGGUGGGGAGGGUGCAUCGGCGGCUGGUUGGUGGGAGAGCAAGCGAAGAAGAGUGCUACCCGGACUUGCUACCAUCCGUCACCACCCUCGCUCUUCACAACGUUUACCGCCUCGGACCACUCACCUUGCAACUGCUCCUCGGCCUCCCAUCCCUCACAGCCCUCCACUUCCGCGAAACUUCCAUCCGACCCAAAGCCCUGCCACUCUUCCAGUCAGCUUCUCGGAUCCACCGGCUCGUCAUUGCCUGUGUUGACCCCUUUGACCUGCUUCCUACCCUGCCAGGCAACGGCAAUGCCAACCCGUCCCCCCCAUCUGAUCCCGCCAGCCAACUCCAACCAUUUCAGCCGUUUGCGGGCUUGAGGGAGCUACAUGUGAGCCGCGUGACUAACUCUACUCUGCAGCAAGUGGGCGUGCUGACGAGCCUUGAGGUCCUCUCCUGCACGUGCAGCGAGGGGGUGACUUCUGCGGGAUGGACUCACCUGAGGGGACUGCAGAACCUGAAGAGGCUGCAGCUGGCACCAACAAUCCUCUUCGGCUUGAAGCUUAGCUUCUCCAAAUCUCGCCUGCCCGAAAUCAUUAGGACCUUCCAAAGGCCUUUCAAGAAAGGAGCCGCAUGCGCAAGUGAAGACCCCGGCAAUCACAGCAACCGCAUUGAUGGGAGCAUAUGGGAGGUGGUGGCAGCCCUGCCGGGUCUGCAGCACCUGGAGCUGCACGCACCAGAGCCCAGCACGACUGCACUGCGAUCCAUCUCCAACAUCAGGAACCUCACAACCCUCCACAUCACCAGCACGACGUUUGAUGAUGCUGACCUGCUGGGCCUGAGAGGCCUCUCCCUGCUCACCGAACUCAGCCUGGCUGCGUGCACGUUCGAAGUAGACCAGGCUAUGAGGGCGGUGGUUCAGGGCAUGACGCAGCUGCAAUCGCUGGACCUGUCAGGAACAGCAAUCGCUCAAGGCGCGGCUGUGCAUCUGCAAGGGCUAGAGCGGCUGGAGCGGUUGAAGCUGCAGCAGUGUAGCGGCAUGAGCAAGCUGUUUGUGCAGCAUCUGAGCCGCGUUCCUGCGCUGAGGGAGUUGGAUUUGGGUUGCAACAACAUGCAGCAUGCUUGGCUGCUGCCGGUUCUGGAAGGGAAGAAGGUGACUCGGUUAGGAGUGAGAGGCUGUUGUUUCGUGGCGAAGACGUUGAAAGGGCUUCAGCGGGCUUGGAUUGAGAUUGACUCUGGGGGUCGAUGA